CGCUCAAACUGUACAAUUUAGUUAUUUUUCACGUAACUAAAACAAAACGUCUGAUUUAUCUAAACACCUCGGUUUACCACCCCUCGAUGACUAAGUGAAAAUUUAUGCACCUGCAUGGAGCUAACGGUCGUAAAGGUGUUCGCCUUUUUAUUAAUCUUUGCCGUCGUCGCGAGCUUGGCUCAAGCUGGCUACAUCAGCAGCUACGGGGGAGGCGGCUGGAGAUCUGGUCUUGGCGGAUGGAGAUCUGGAGGCGGCGGAUGGAGAUCUGGAGGCGGUGGAUGGAGAUCUGGAGGCGGCGGCUGGAAUGGCGGUUAUGGAGGAUACGGAGGCGGUUAUGGGGGUGGCUAUGGAGGAGGAUGGAAAAGUGGAGGAGGAGGUUGGAGAUCUGGUGGAGGAUGGUGGUGAAAAAACCUUUUCAUGAAUCAUCGUGUUUUUCUGUGAAAUUAUUUUAAAACUUGUGAUUUAGACACUACUUUACUUUGUACCUAUAUACAUAUUGGUUUGCAAGAAUACAUUUAUUUUUAUAUCAA